GGCGCGUAUCUCUACAACGGCAGCAGCGAGAGUGAUGCAUGAUAGACCGUCAGAAAGGCCUCGACGAGUAGUACAAAGUCCCCGAAAAGCGAGAGGUCCGGCGAUGAAAUGGGCGAGUUAUCGUGCAUACAGCAUUGUUGACUGAAAAAGGAACACUACAGACCAACGACAGACGCUCGGGACGCAGUGAAACUGCCAGCAAUGAUGGAGGGGAACAUGACGAACGCGCUGAAAAAGAGACGGAGGGCAUCUGUCUACGCGGGCCUGAGAUAUUCGGAAAGUUGUCUGAAGGUGCCUCCAACCACAAAAACGAGCAUAUCUCGACGAUGUCUGCGUGGAUUUUGACAAAAGAGGCGUCCCCGGAAAGGGCUGCGCGAGGGGAACGGACUGCCAGAAAAGCGAGAGGAACAGUGCUCGAGUGCACGAGAUACGACGAAAGGACCUCAAGGGCAGGAGAAAGGGUUGACUCGCACAACAACGGCUGGGACGGUCAACACGAAGUUCCGGGAGGCGGUAGGGGACUCGUAGACGAACAGCCAAACCGUCCCGAAACCCUCCAAGCACGAAAAUGGCGAUAUCUCAACAACGGUUGCGCGGAGUUUUAUAAACCAUGUGUCUCCAGAAAGGGCUCAUGGAGAGGAAUGAACGACCGGAAAAGCGAGAGGAGCGACGCAGAACUGCAUGAGCAACUAUGGCAAGACCUCGAGGAUGGGCCUUCGCACAAAAAUGCAAACAUCUCCGGAGCUACUGGACCUAUCCGAACAAUCCUGAUAUCAACAUGGAGAAUUCGUCGUGGACUACAAUCCUUCCAAAAAGCGAGAGGCGCGGCGCGGAAAUGAGGGAGAUAUGACAACAAGACCUUGAGAAUGCACCUAUCCACAAAAAUGCGAAUAUCUCCCGAACGGCUGGGCGCAUGCAAACGGGUUUGGUACCGACAGAGAGCUGACGGCGAGUAGUACGAGCCUGCCAAAAAGCGAGAGGCGCGGCGCAAAAACGAGCGAGAUACACGCUGGAUACUUGCUCGGUAUGAGGGAGGUAGUAUCCACCUUGACGAGCGACAAGCGGUGUUGAUGGUGGCCUCGUCGACAGUGUGCCUUGCCGGAACUGUAUCUGCGGAUGGGAGGCAUCAUGUAGAGUGUGGGAAGGCGCUGGGUGCGAUGCUAAGCGGCGUUCCGUGGGGAACUCGAGCCUGGGGGGGUAAAACACAGAAAAAGAAAAGAAAAAUAAACAUGUAGGUGCCGU